AUGAAGCUUUAUAUCGGGUUUACAUUGCUGUUCGGUACCAGCCUCACACUGGCCCAAGGUCUUCCCGAUGUGCCCACCUGCUCUCUACAAUGUUUCCUCAACGCCAUGUCCAGUGACGGCUGCCCCUCUCUCACCGAUUUUGCCUGCCACUGCCGCGAGCCCGCCCUUGUCGAACAAGUGACUCCCUGCGUCGAACAAGCUUGCAGCGAACCAGACCAGUCCUCCGUCUCCAACGUUGUGAUGACCGCAUGCUCCAGCGCCGGCGUUCCUAUCUCCAUCCCGCCAGUCGGCGCAACUACAGCUACAACUACAGGAGAUGGCCCAACCACGACAGGUGAAAGUGCCACGCCCAGUUCGGUCAACCCCUCUGGGCCUCUCAUGACGCCUUCCACUUCGACUGAUACGACUACUCCGAUGUCGUCGCCGAGUACCCCUGGUGUCUCGAGCCAGCUGAUCCCGUCUGAUCCGGCUGCUACCUCGUCGCAGUUUCUCGGGGGCGCUGGGUCUUUCCGCGCUGGAGGGAAGUUGGCUGGAGCUGCGGCAGCUAUUGCGGCUGGGUAUCUGAUGUGA